CUAUGGCCGCGGAUCGACACGGGUCGGCACGGGGCGCCCUGCAGGUGGUCUGUGCACUCGGAAUAUGCGUGUUCCUAGGCCCGGCGGCGGCGCGGGUCAGGGUGGGUGGCACUAGCGGGGCACCCAGUGACCGGAGUGGACCCGAUAACCGGAGUGGACUCGGCGACCGGAGUGGACCCGAUAACCGGAGUGGACUCGGCGACCGGAGUGGACCCGGUGACCGGAGUGGACUCGGCGACCGGAGUGGACCCGGUGACCGGAGUGGACUCGGCGACCGGAGUGGACUCGGCGACCGGAGUGGACCCGAUAACCGGAGUGGACUCGGCGACCGGAGUGGACCCGGUGACCGGAGUGGGCUCGGCGACCGGAGUGGACCCGGUGACCGGAGUGGACUCGGCGACCGGAGUGGAUCCGGUGACCGGAGUGGAGUCGGUGACCUGACCCGGCGUCUGUCGCGCAUGUCAAGAUCGGCGGAGGGCGUGGGCUUCACGCGGCCGCUGGAGGAAGGUCGAAUCAUGGCCGCGUCUGUUGGAGAUGCCGCCAUGUCCAGUGGCGCCACCACAACAAAGUCAAGCAGCCCAUCGCCCUUUUCUGGCCGUCCGGCGGCCUCUGGUGAACAUCUGGCGACCUCUGAUGACCCCAUGGUGACCUCCGGCGAUAGUCUAGCGGCCCCAGGGGACUGUCUGAGCGAUGUGUUCAUCAGCGUCAAGACGUCGGGCCAGUUCCACGCCACCCGUCUGCCUCCCAUCCUGGACACGUGGUUCAGCCGCGUCCCCACUCAGACGUGGUUUUUCACGGAUCAGGAAGAUCCGGAGCUGCGGCAAAGAACGGGAGGUCAGGUGAUCAACGCCCACUGUCCGUCGUCACACGACCGAGACGCUCUCUGUUGCAAGAUGGCCGCCGAGUACGACGCCUUCAUGGCGUCCGGCAAAAAGACUUCAUUCUAGGGUCGUGGAGGUGGACGAGGCGACUAUAGGCUGCAAGGACGCUGGUCGUCAGAACGCUCCCCGCCCCGCGAUCAGGCCCAGCGGGCCCGGUCUCGGGACCACCCCAGACGGGGCGGUGCGCUGUGUAGGAACAGCCAUGUCGCGGUGCGCGCCUUCACGGUGGCUUGCCGCACGCGCGCCGGAGGAGGGAAAGCGUCUCCGAGCCACCGAGGCCGACUGCCCUCCAGCAGCGGCCAGGCGCGCCCGGCCACGCUGGCGCUGCCCGUCCGGCGCCAGUGACGGGCAGCACCAGUGCCCGGCGGUGGUCAUCAACCUAACACGACACCUGCGGGUGCACU